AUUGGGGUACUUUAACGCUGUUGCCGCUGGUUGCUUUUCAUGUAUGCGGGUUUAAGCGACCCCAAUAACGUGAUAUUAAGCCUCUAAAAUGCGAAUUUUAGCAGGGGAACCAAACCAAAAACGUCUAUUUUACCCAACCGGAGUGCGAUUUUUACCGGGGCAUCCCUCGAAACGCGAUUGGGCUAGUUUUGAGUAGUAAUUGGGCGGGUUUUAUUGUGAAAACCUGGCAACCCUUGCUAAUACGCUGAUGUUUGGAUACAGGAAGCUUGUAGUAGACAGCGAGGCCGGACCGAGGCAAGAUGGCUUGCAGUGACAUGGAGAAGCUCAGCCUCGAUGUGGAUCCCUACUGUGAUAGCGACCUCUCGGGUUGUGCAGCAGCCAUGGAGAAAGAAAGGGAGUCCUAUCUGAGUCCGACAGAGAACCCCUCCACCAUCAGUGUCUCUGCUAGCAUCCCUCCAGACCAGCAAGGCUAUGACGUGGAGUUUGACCCUCCGCUAGAGAGCAAGUACGAGUGCCCUAUCUGUCUGAUGGGUCUCCGCUCCGCAGUACAGACCCCAUGUGGACAUCGAUUCUGCAACUCAUGCAUCAAGAAGUCUAUCAGGGACACAGGGCAAAAAUGUCCAGUUGACAAUGAGGUGCUGCUUGAGGAACAGCUCUUCCCUGAUAACUUUGCCAAACGAGAGAUCCUCUCACUUACUGUCCGAUGUCCUAAUGUAGGAUGCAGUGAUAAAAUGGAGUUGCGCCAACUGGAGAAACACUUGUCUCAUUGUAAGUUUGCCACAGUGCCAUGCCCUCAGUGUCUGGAGUCUGUUCGUAAGAGCCAUCUGGAUGAACACAAGAGCCAGCAGUGUUUACAGCGGCUCAUGACCUGCCCUGCCUGUGCAGGGAGCUUUGUGUAUGCUAAUAAACAGAUUCAUGAACAGAUUUGUCCUUUCGCCAAUACAGUGUGUGAAUAUUGCGAAAUGGAGCUUAUUCGGGAUCAGUUGGCAUUGCACUGUGACACAGACUGUCUUAAAGCUCCUGUAGCCUGUACUUUCAGCACUUUUGGUUGUCGUGAAAAGAUGCCAAGAAAUGAACUGGCCCAGCACAUGCAGGAAUUUACACAGAUGCACAUGCGUUACAUGGCUGAGUUCCUGCGCAGCCAGUCACUCAGUAGCUGCCCAGUGCCGUCAAUUGCCGCCCACUCUUCAUCAGACGAACGUGGAGCAACUGCCCGAGCGCCAGAGUCAUGCCAGUGUAAACCAGAGCUGAUGAAUCUGCGGGAGACAGUCUUGGAGCUGGAGGGUCGGCUGGUUCGUCAAGAUCAACAGAUCCGGGAGCUGUGCAUCCACAAUGAGACACAAAAAAACCAGGUCACAGAGCUACGCCGAAAGCUGAGCUCACUGGAGGAGGCCACCCGAGAGCUGGAAGCCCAGCAGUAUCAAGGUGUCUACGUAUGGCGUUUGGAGAACUUCUCACUUCACCUGCGCAACCAAGAGGCUGGUCAACCCAUAGUCCUCCACAGCCCACCUUUCUACACGGGCCGGCCAGGGUACAAACUCUGCCUACGACUGCAUCUGCAAACUCCCAAUGCCCCACGCUGUUCCAAUUACAUCUCACUUUUCGUGCACACUAUGCAGGGUGAGUUUGACAGCCAGCUCUCCUGGCCCUUGCAGGGCACGAUCCGACUGGCAGUGUUGGACCAGGUCGAGGGGGAGCAUCAUGUGGAAGUGAUGGAGACCAAGCCGGACUUGCAGGCAUUCCAGAGGCCCACUGUCCUGCGCAACCCCAAAGGUUUCGGGUACGUCACUUUCCUGCACCUACAGGUGUUGCAGCAGCGUGGGUUUGUGAAAGACGACGUGCUGUUGGUGCGCUGCGAGGUGACACCACGAUUUGAUGCUAGCCUCAGGAGGGAAGGGGUCCAACCUCGGGGGUCAGAACCUUCACUUUGAGUUCCUACAAUGCUCUUGUACUCAUAAGUUCUCAUAGACACUUUGCUGAAACAAGGAAGAUGUGCCAAACCAUGGACUUUAUUAGACUCGUCAUGGUACACCAGAUUUCGUAAUGAUAUUUUUACACAGUUGCAUAACUCUUGUGUCUGUUGUGAAGUGUUUUAUAUACAAAUGUUUCUCAAAAGCGUUUCUAAUAAUUGCAAUCAACAGACAAACCUACGUUUGAUUAGUAUCAGAAAUUCACUGAAUGUCCUGUCAACCAAGCUAAAGGGUGUAAAACUAUUAUUUUAAUGGUGCUGCUUGUUAGCUUCCACAAAUUAUUUUCAUUGUACUACAUCCAACUAAUUGUGCUGCCUUUUCUGCCAACUCAAUAGUAGAAAAAAAAAAAAAAUACAUUUUUUUUUUUCAUACAUUUAGAUUUUUUUUGUUCAUAAAAUAUGUGCUUAAUUUUCAUUGAUCUGAUAAGACCUGACAAUUUAAAGCAUCAUUAAUACAGUGCAGCACUGUUUACUUUGAUAAUACUGAAUGUUGUGCAUUGUUCAUUUAACAACUUAAUGUCUUAAGGUGCAGUUACAUUAGCAAAGUGUCAGUGAAAAACUGUUAGCGAUGCAUGAAGUGUAGCUCACAAAGAAGUCCCUUUCAAAGCAGGCAACUCUCUGUUGGUUCAUGGAGUGAAUCUGCAUAAUCAGUUUGAACUCUUUGUGAAAGCUGCCUGGGGAAAUCUUUUGCCCUCUCGCGAAACUCCCAAUCACUUGGAUUUGUAUAGAAAUGACUGAAUUUUAACCAUGAAAAUUACUGAUGGACUAAUAUAUGCAAAUUAAUCUGAUAAUUGUAUUGACACUGGUAAUCUUGACUAUCCUUUUUUUUCCCUUUUUUUUCCUUUUUUUCAUAUAAUGUUCAUUUCAUCACAAUAUACAGUGCCCAAAUGAGUUGAUAUUUGUCUUGUAGAUUUACAUGGUUUCUGUCUUUCCAUGCUUUCAUAACAUGGCAGAUUUCAGAGGUGUGUUUUAGUGAGAUCUCGGGGCUUGCAAAAUUGCUAACCCGGACGUCCAGUCGGGCAAUCUUAAAUGCAGGUCUUAAAGUUAGUUGCAUCAAAUUUAAUGGUGUUUUUAUGUGAAUGUCUCUGAAGGGAACUGACUGUCUUUAGAAAAGUUUUGAUGGUAUUAUCUUUUCACCUUACUUGCAAUGCCAGAUAAAGCAGCGUUUAUGAGUGCAGUGCCUGGAAAAACAGCUCUAUUUCUACCGUUUCAAAGAGACAAGGGUAGCUGCAGGUUGGAGUAAUAGGCCUGGCCCUAACCUAAUUAGAAAGGCCUUUAUCCACCCACUGCUCCAUCCUGCAGUAAUCCCUACUUGGUUUCAAAAGCCCCACCUAGUGGCAGAAAAUAAAGUAAAAAAGAAUCUCAGUAA